AUGGAGCGUAAACUGGAUUUGUCUCGUCUAACUGACGAAGAAGCGAAACAUGUAUGGGAGGUGAUCCAACGUGACUUCAACCUCCGGAAGAAUGAGGAAGAACGACUAGGAAAAUUAAAGGACUCCAUUGAGAAAGAGGACAACAAGCGUGAGCUGCUGGGCGCACAGAAUAAUUUGGCUGACUCCCUGUGUAUCCGUUGCCUGCAACCCUUCAAAUUCCUGGUGAACAGCAAGCGUCAGUGCCUGGACUGCCGCAUGUUCAUCUGCAAGUCAUGCAGCCGCUACAACAAGAAAGAGCAUGGCUGGGUGUGCGACAACUGCCGAAUGACCAGGGUUCUGAAGAUUGGCACCCUGGGAUGGUACCAUGACAACAUCCGCAACCGUUUUAAGCGCUUUGGCAGUGCAAAGGUCAUGAGGUCACUCUACAAGAGGCUGAAUGGAGAUGGUGGACGUGAUGACGACACUCAGAGCAUGCCCGAUGUCCGCAGCAACUACUACAAUGCUAUGGAUGAUGAUCAAGAAGUUGAGGCACAACGAUAUAAAACGAUGCGUAAAAACAAACGUCUGCUGUCAGUUCAUCCAUUUGACUUUGACUCAGAGGAUUACUUCCCCUCAUCACGGCGCCCAUCAGUGCAGCAAAUUCAAGAGGAACGAGCGUACAGGAAUGAUGCAGAAUUUGACUAUAACCUACAGCGGAUGAAUCGUAGGAGAAGUCUGGAUCGUUACGCGAUGAGAACUGAUGAUUAUGGUGAAAAUCGGAUGGUUCGAACUCGAUCUUUGUCCAAGAUCAGCUCGAUGGCUCGUCAGCAGUACAUUGACACAUCUGAUGAGGAAGAGUGUCAGAGGUUUCCACCAAUGUACCAGCCACCGCCCCACCGCCGCCGCAAUAGCCGAGCCUCAUCUCAGGAGAACCUGGGCCAAGCCCCACCAAUAAACGAGUUGAACAAACGCAUGUCUGCCAUUGAGGGUUUGCUGAAUCGUCUGGAGGAGAAGAUGACACCAGCUGACAAGACAUCCGGGUCAUCAGGACUGAACGAGGAAGAGAAACUGAUGAAGAAGUUGAGCGAGCUGGCAGGGAACCUAGGAAACAAAUGCCUUUCAUCAGAUGACGAGCCUGACAAGAAGACCUUCACGGGGGGAAAGACCAAAAGUGCUAGCAAGGCAGCGGCCACUAUGGACUCUAUGAAGGAUCUGAGCUCAUCCAGCGAGGACGUGCCAAGUGAAGCACAGAAGAGAUCAACCGCCGCCGCCCUCUGUGACCUCACCACUGAGGCCCUGAGAACCAUUAAUGCCACAGAAAACGCGAUGGUUGAAUUCGGCCUGUCAGAGCCGGUCGACAGAACCAACAUGUUAGGGACCGAUGCUAAACAAGCCGAUGAGGCAUUCAGGCAACUUGAGGAAAAUGUUUACAUUGCCGCCGGGCAGUCUUACGAACUGGAAACGAAACUGCGGCGGCUUGAACAAAGUGCUAAAAAUCGUUUUGGAGGAACAACAGAUUCGGAGUUGUCUGAGCUGGAAGACGUGGUGGCGCUUACUGCCGCCAGGGUGCAGAGUGCUGAAAGCGAGGUGUCUGAUAUCGAAAGUAAGAUUGCAGCUCUGAGAGCAGCUGGGUCGAAGAAAAAGGUUUCUGGAUCACAGAGGAAGAAAUCCAGUCAGGAGCAAAUUGCCAAAUCUGAAAGAAAUGGAGCUGUGUGGAAAUCCAAUAUUUCUUGA